AUGGCUCCCAGAGUGAUUGUUGUCGGCGGCGGCCUGUCUGGCCUGAGCGCCGCUCACACCAUCUACCUGGCCGGCGGCAACGUCGUCGUCCUCGACAAGCAGGGCUUCUUCGGCGGCAACUCGACCAAGGCCACGUCCGGCAUCAACGGCGCCCUGACGCGGACGCAGGUCGAGCACGGCAUCCAGGACAGCGUCAAGCAGUUCUACGAUGACACGCUCAAGUCGGCCCGCGACAAGGCCCGCCCCGACCUCAUCAAGGUGCUCACCUACAAGUCGGCCGCCGCCGUCGAGUGGCUGCAGGACGUCUUCAACCUCGACCUCACCCUCGUCUCCCGCCUGGGCGGCCACUCGCAGCCCCGAACCCACCGUGGCCACGACGCCAAGUUCCCCGGCAUGGCCAUCACCUACGCCCUGAUGCAGCGCCUCGAGGAGCUGGCCGAGGCCGAGCCCCACCGCGUCGAGAUCAUCAAGAAGGCCCGCGUCACCAGCCUCAACAAGGAGGGCAACCUGGUCACCGGCGUCACCUACGAGCACAACGGCCAGGAGGCCAAGCUCGACGGCCCCGUCAUCCUCGCCACCGGUGGCUACGCCGCCGACUUUGGCGAGACGUCGCUGCUCAAGAAGCACCGCCCCGACACCUUCGGCCUCGCCACCACCAACGGCGUCCACGCCACCGGUGACGGCCAGAAGAUGGUCAUGGCCAUCGGCGGCAACGGCAUCGACAUGGACAAGGUCCAGGUCCACCCCACUGGUCUCGUCGACCCCAAGGACCCCGGCAACAAGUGGAAGUUCCUCGCCGCCGAGGCCCUCCGUGGUGAGGGCGGCAUCCUGCUCAACGCCGACGGCGACCGCUUCUGCGACGAGCUCGGCCACCGCGACUACGUCUCGGGCAUGAUGUGGAAGGAGAAGGACAAGAACAAGUUCCCCAUCCGCCUCGUCCUCAACUCCAAGGCCUCCAAGGUCCUCGACUUCCACACCCGCCACUACUCUGGCCGCGGCCUGAUGAAGAAGAUGACGGGCAAGGAGCUGGCCAAGGAGAUUGGCUGCUCGCCCGACCACCUCCAGAGCACCUUCAAGACGUACAACGCCAUUGCCGACGGCAAGCAGAAGGACCCCUGGGGCAAGCGCUUCUUCCACAACCUGCCCCUCGACAUCAACGACGACUUCCACGUCGCCCUCAUGGAGCCCGUCCUGCACUUCACCAUGGGCGGCAUCGAGAUCAACGACCAGGCCCAGGUCCUCAACCAGGACAAGAAGCCCUUCGAGGGUCUCUUCGCCUGCGGUGAGCUGGCCGGUGGCGUCCACGGCGCCAACCGUCUCGGCGGCUCCUCCCUGCUGGGCUGCGUCGUCUACGGCCGCGUCGCCGGUGACACCGCCAGCAACUACCUCUUCCAGAAGGCCCUCGCCGGCGCCGGCUCCGGCUCCGCUGCCGCCGCUCGUCUCGGCCAGAUCUCCCUGCACCUGGACCCCGCCGCCCCCAACCGCGUCACCGUCGAGUGGAACGGCGCCGCCGGCCCCAGCGCGUCCGGCUCCGGCAACGGCGGCCAGCUGCUCCAGCAGCAGCCCGCGUCGGCCGCCGCCCCCGCCGAGGGUGGCGCCAAGGCUGCCGGCCCCAAGGCCUUCGAGGUGCCCGCCAAGGAGUACACCAUGGAGGAGGUUGCCAAGCACAACAAGAAGGGCGACCUGUGGGUCGUGGUCAAGGGCGUCGUCAUGGACCUCAGCAACUGGCUCGACGAGCACCCCGGCGGCCCCAACGCCAUCAUGAACUUCAUGGGCCGCGACGCCACCGAGGAGUUUGAGAUGCUGCACGACGACGAGGUCAUCCCCAAGUACGCCCCCGAGCAGGUCAUUGGCCGCGUCAAGGGCCAGGAGGUGACGCUCGAGCUGUAA